CUGUUCACUACUGCUAUUGAGACCUGCACGCGCAGCGGCGGAGCUGUUGUAUGACGGACGAUACGAGCGAAUGUAUUUGUGCACCGUAGUCACAUAGAUAGAGGAACUCGUGUAGUUUUCUGUGCAUCUCAGCAAAAAUAGAGUAAACUGUAUUUCUAGGCUUGUUGCUUACGUUAAAAGCUAGUGGAUUCAAUUGCUCUUCAUUUGUUUAUUUUGUGGUUUGUCCACGCGACAUCGGACGCUGUUGCCAGAGCGUCCAGCACCGCCAGUAUUGUGACUCUGUACGCGUCGCGUUGUGGCAUGUUUGUGGGCCAAAGCAGAAGGAACUGAAGCCCUCAUUGCUCCUGAACAGGAUUCAAUGAAAAUGUCGGUCUGUGUCCACGAGAACCGCAAGUCUCGUGCCAGCACAGGCUCUAUGAACAUCUACCUGUUCCACAAGUCUUCAUAUGCUGACAGUGUGCUAAUGCACCUAAAUGCUCUUCGUCAGCAGAGACUCUUCACUGAUGUUCUGCUCCAUGCAGGAAAACGCUCUUUCCCGUGCCACAGGGCUGUGCUGGCCGCCUGCAGCCGCUACUUUGAAGCAAUGUUCAGCGGAGGGCUGAGAGAGAGUCAGGACAGUGAAGUGGACUUCAGGGACUCCAUUCAUCCAGAGGUAUUGGAGCUCCUUCUGGACUAUGCGUACUCCUCAAGAGUGAUCAUAAACGAGGAGAACGCAGAGUCUCUCCUUGAGGCCGGUGACAUGCUGGAGUUUCAGGACAUCCGUGAUGCCUGUGCCGAGUUCCUUGAGAAGAACCUUCACCCAUCCAACUCCCUGGGCAUGUUGCUGCUCUCAGACGCUCACCAGUGCACCCAGCUGUUCCAGCUGUCCUGGAGCAUGUGCCUCAGUAACUUCCCUGCUAUUUGCAAGACUGAAGAGUUUCUCCAGCUGCCCAAGGACAUGCUGGCCCAACUGUUGGCACACGAAGAGCUCGAAACCGAGGACGAGCGUCUAGUCUACGAGUCGGCACUUAACUGGGUGAACUACGACCUUGAGAGGAGACACUGUCACCUUCCUGAGCUGCUCCGUACUGUGCGUCUGGCUCUCCUGCCUGCCAUCUUCCUCAUGGAGAACGUCUCCACGGAGGAGCUCAUCAUCGCACAGGCUAAAAGCAAAGAGCUGGUGGAUGAAGCCAUCCGCUGCAAACUGCGCAUCUUGCAAAAUGACGGCGUCGUCAAUAGUCCUUGUGCCCGGCCACGCAAGACCAGUCAUGCCCUUUUCCUGUUGGGUGGCCCCACGUUUAUGUGUGACAAGCUCUACCUGGUGGACCAGAAGGCCAAAGAGAUCAUUCCAAAGGCAGACAUCCCCAGUCCACGCAAGGAGUUCAGCGCCUGUGCCAUUGGCUGCAAAGUGUACGUGACGGGGGGCCGUGGCUCAGAGAACGGUGUGUCUAAGGACGUUUGGGUGUAUGAUACGUUACAGGAGGAAUGGUCCAAAGCAGCUCCGAUGCUGAUAGCACGUUUCGGUCAUGGUUCUGCUGAGUUACGCCACUGCCUCUAUGUCGUUGGAGGUCACACAGCUGCCACUGGAUGCCUGCCUGCAUCACCAUCUGUGUCCUUGAAGCAGGUAGAGCAGUUUGACCCAGUUGCUAACAAGUGGAGCAUGGUGGCACCGCUGCGAGAAGGAGUUAGCAAUGCUGCUGUCGUCAGCGUAAAGCUGAAGUUGUUCGCCUUCGGAGGGACGAGUGUGGCCCAUGACAAGCUGCCCAAAGUUCAGUGCUACGAUCCCUCAGAAAAUCGCUGGACAGUCCCAGCGUCCUGUCCACAGCCGUGGCGCUACACCGCAGCUGCUGUUCUCGGCAACCAGAUCUUUGUAAUGGGAGGUGACACCGAAUUCUCUGCUUGCUCUGCCUACAAAUUCAGCAGUGAGACUUAUCAAUGGACUAAAGUUGGAGAUGUUACGGCCAAACGAAUGAGCUGCCAAGCGGUGGCCUCUGGAAACAAACUUUAUGUGGUGGGUGGCUACUUUGGUACACAGCGCUGCAAAACCCUAGACUGUUACGACCCCACACUGGAUGCCUGGAACAGCAUCACUACUGUACCAUAUUCCUUAAUCCCCACUGCCUUCGUCAGCACCUGGAAACACCUCCCAGCCUGAAGCACGCCUGUUCUCCCCUGUGUGACUCUACUGUCC